AGAGAGCGAGAGAGCGAGAGAGCGAGAGAGAGAGAGCGAGAGAGAGAGAGAGAGAGAGAGAGAGAGGAGUCCCUAGUCGGAAGCGGACGCUCACACACCGACGGACUGCUUACAUUUUGGACCAUAUAUCAUUUUAUUUAAUCUACAUCGAUUAUAUCCCGGCGUGUUCCCCUCCCCUGGCUCUGGACGUUCGCGGCGUUUUUAAACGACCUUUUAAUUGAUAAUUGGUGGUGUGAGUGCGUGCAUUGUGUGUGUGUGUGUGUGUGUGUGUGUGUGUAUGUGUGUGUGCGUGUGUGUGUGCGCGCGCGCGCGUGUGUGUGUGCAUUUGGGGCAGCAGAAGUGUGCAGGACCGAAGCAGUGCCCGAUGCUGAGGAAUGGAUAGUGUGUCUGAUCGAGGGGGGAAGAUGGUGGAGAGCGAUGAGCCGUCGGACCCAGACCGCUGUGGUGGUGGUGGUGGUGGAGGAGAAGGAGGUGGCGCAGCCCUCCAACAGUGCGAACUCAUCCAGAAUAUGAUCGAGAUCUCCAUCUCGAGCUUGCAGGGGCUUCGAACCAAGUGCGCCGCGUCCAACGACCUCACGCAACAAGAAAUACGCACUUUAGAGGUGAAGCUCAUGAAGUACACCUGUAAACAACUGCAGUUCAAACAGAAAGUGUCGGCGAGCGAUCGACCCACAGCGCUGGACAGCUACCCCAAGCUCAAGGACUGGCUCCACACCGUCAACCUCCGGCCCGAGCUCAUUAAGGCCGUGCCAGCGCACCUCUCCCUGGACUCCCUGCUCCUGAUGCCUGGCUCCCAGGUGAGGGAGGUGAUGAGGCGGCUGGGGGCCAGCGCCGAGGAGUGUUCCCGCCUCACUGCUGCCCUCUCCUGCCUGAAGAGCGCCACUGAGUCAGGUGGCGAGCUGCGUGAGGACGGCGUGCCCUGGCUCUCUGAGCCAAUCAGGAGGGACAGCGGCUCCCUGCUGACCGCCGAGCAGCUGUGCAUCAUGGGAGGAGGGGGAGGGGCCCCCCUCGCCCUCCGCCCCCACAGCCCCUCCCCCCUGGCCCGCCCCUCCACCACGCCCUCCACCCCGUCCACGCCCGGCGGCGCCUGGCCCCACCCCCACCCCCACCACCACCACCCGCGCUCCGGCUCCGCGUCGGCCGCCGACGGCCACGCCCCCGCCUGCGUCUGCGGCGGGGACGGCCCCCCGGCGGCCGACCCCUUCCCCGUGUGUCUGGCGCGCGCGGCGGCCCGCCUCCAGGGCCGCGCGGGCACGCCCCCCGCCACCCCGCCCUCGCGGCGGCGCCCGCGGCUGAAGCCCCCCUGCACGCCGCCGCCCCCCUCCCGGAAGGUGCUGCAGCUGCUGCCCGACAUCACACUGACCCGCAGCAAGAGCCACGAGUCGCAGCUAGGCAACCGCAUCGAGGACCCCCCCGCCGCCGCCGCCGCCGCCGCCGCCGCCGCCGCCGCCACCACCAACAAGAGUGCUAAUAAGAAGAACAAGCUGAUCCUCAACAUGCAGGUCAACGGUAACGGGUGUGAUGAGCCCCCCCAGCGGCACCAAGCGGGGACCCCCGCCCGCACCCCCGGGUCCAGCACCCCCACCCCCGCCCGCACCCCCGGCUCCGGCGCCCCCACCCCCGCGAGGACCCCCGGGUCUGGGACCGGGACCCCAGUGGCGGCCUACACCCUGCCCGGGACGCCCACCCUCAUGGAGGAACACAGCUCCAUGAACAAUAACUCCGGACAUCGUGGAUCCCCACAAACCAUGAGGAGAGACAUCGGCCUCGCAGUCACACACAGGUUCUCCACCAAGUCCUGGCUGUCCCAGACGUGUCAGGUGUGUCAGAAGAACAUGAUGUUUGGGGUCAAGUGUAAGCACUGUCGGUUAAAGUGUCACAACAAGUGCACAAAGGAGGCUCCCUCGUGUCGGAUCACCUUCCUGCCCAUCGCCAAGAUCCGCAGAACCGAGUCGGUGCCGUCCGACAUCAACAACCCGGUGGACCGGCCCGCCGAAGCGCCCCAGUUCGGGACACUGCCCAAGGCCUUGACCAAGAAGGACCACCCCCCUGUGCUGAACCAGCUGGACUCGAGCAGCAACCCCUCCUCCACCACCUCCUCCACCCCCUCCUCCCCUGCCCCCUUCCAGCAGAGCAACCCCCCCAGCGCCACGCCCCCGCCAAACCCCUCCCCGAAGGGCCCUCGCGACGGACGCUUCCACUUCCCAGCUGCCUGCUACUUCCAGCACAGACAGCAGUUUAUCUUCCCUGAUGUGUCCAGUCCAGUCAGUUUACACUCCGAGCUCGCUGCCGACGCUGUCGAGGCGGAGACGGGUGCGGAUGACGUCCAUAACCAGCUGGUGGAGGACGACGACGAGGAGCAGGAAGCAGAGGAGGACGCCCGGUUAGAAGAGCACGCUGUAGACCACCAGCAGCACCCCGACGAACGGGACGAGGACGAAGAGGAGGAGGAGGAGGAGGAGGACCGGCGUGGUCACCACGGCGACCACGAGGACGACGAGGAGGGGGAGGAGUACGGGGAGGACGGGCGCCACAACGGGGUGUCGGACGGCGAGUGCGAGGGCGACGAGCUGGACGACCUGCCCAACUCCCACAGGAACCCGUGGCGGGGGCCCAUCUCCCGCAAGGCCAGCCAGACCAGCGUGUACCUGCAGGAGUGGGACAUCCCCUACGAGCAGCUGGACCUGGGGGAGCUCAUCGGGAAGGGCCGCUGGGGGAAGGUCCACAAGGGGCGCUGGCACGGCGAGGUGGCCAUCCGCCUGCUGGAGAUGGACGGGAACAACCAGGACCACCUGAAGCUCUUCAAGAAGGAGGUGAUGAACUACCGGCAGACGCGCCACGAGAACGUGGUGCUCUUCAUGGGCGCCUGCAUGGCCCCGCCCCACCUGGCCAUCAUCACCAGCUUCUGCAAAGGCAGGACGUUGUACUCUGUGGUGCGGGACUCCAAGAACCCCCUGGACAUCAACAAGACCCGGCAGAUCGCCCAGGAGAUCGUCAAGGGAAUGGGCUACCUCCACGCCAAAGGCAUCGUCCACAAAGACCUCAAGUCCAAGAACGUGUUCCACGACAUCAACAAGGUGGUGAUCACGGACUUCGGCCUGUUCGGGAUCUCUGGAGUGGUCCAGGAGGGAAGGCGUGAGAACAAGCUGAAGCUGCCCCACGGCUGGAUCUGCUACCUGGCGCCCGAGAUCGUGCGGAGGAUGAGCCCCGGGAACAACGAGGACCGCCUGCCCUUCUCCGCCGCCGCCGACGUCUAUGCCUUCGGCACCAUUUGGUACGAGCUGCAGGCCCGGGACUGGCCAAUCACCAACCAGCCGGUGGAGGCCAUCAUCUGGCAGGUUGGCAGCGGGCAGGGCAUCAAGAAGGUUCUGGCGGAGGUCAGCCUGGGCAAGGAGGUCACGGAGAUCCUGUCGGCCUGCUGGGCGUACGACCCGAGGGAGAGGCCCACCUUCACCCAGCUGGCCGAGAUGCUGGAGAAACUCCCUAAGCUCAACCGCAGGCUCUCACACCCCGGACACUUCUGGAAGUCUGCAGAGUUGUAGCAGCAGCCGGGCAGCAGGCCGCUGUCUGGCCGUCUGGCCGUCUGUCUUGCAUGCUCUGAGAGACGAUGACAGCGUCGCCUCUCAACCAAUCAGACUCUGCUUCCACUAAUCCACUCCUCCUCCUCUUCCUCCGUCGCCUCCUUCUCCGCCUCCUCCUGCUAACCAACUCCGCCGCCGCGCUGUCACGUGGCGUCGGGGGCGGGGCGAGUGGUGCAUUGUGGGUAGUCACUACCCUACUCUUAACCUUUUCGUUUAAAUAAAAAAAGAAGGAUCUCCCUUCGCCUUCUACUUCGGCUGUCUUCGUCUGGCGUGUGGUCGGGACCGCGUGGAGGUCGCAAGGAGGUCGUGUGAAGGUCGUGGGUGGUGGUGUGAAGGUCAUGGGCGGGGGUGUUGGCGUGUGCCGAGAUUUCUGCUGUACGGACGCUCUGAAGGCCUGGUGAUGAAGAUGAUGACGAUGAUGGGCUCCUGCCUCCUCUUCCUCCCCCCAUCGCUGUUGUGCUUGGUUCUUAACAUGCUUCACAUCGUCCAUGGAGCUCCCAGCUUGUCCCUCACUCACAGACACACGGUCAACAUCACGUUGGGGUCAUGAGCGUGCUUAUGGAGCUCACAGCCUCACACACACACGGUCAACAUCACGUUGGGGUCAUGGGCGUGCUUAUGGAGCUCACACCCUCACACACACACGGUCAACAUCACAUGGAGGAGGAGAUGAGCGUCCUGGACACCAGGGCCCCCUCUGGGUCCUGGGGAGACCCUCAGCUUCGUGUUUCCUCCUGCGUGGUCGGCCACCGAACCAGAUGUUUUACGACCGGAUUUGUUCUAAACGGUGUCGGCAGCCCAGGGUUCCCGUCAUCGUCGUGGAAACCAUCGCCUGGGUUACCAACAUGUUAUUGGGAACACGUCAUCAAAUGUCCAUAAUCAAUUAGAAUGAUCAUUUGUUAACAAUCAAUAACAAUUGCUUCAUGCAAGUGUAAAGUGCACCUUAUAAUGGCGUGAAUAAUUUAUUUGAAAUAUGGGUCUGUAUUUUUUUAAGUUAUAUUCCUGUCCGCACAAAAGAAGAGUCCUGUAUCUUCCUAGAUGGUGCGUGUGCGUGUGUGUUUGUGUGUGUGUGUGUGUGUUUGUGUGUGUGUGUGUGUGUGUGUGUGUGUGUGUGUGUGUGCUGGUGGUGGUGAUUUCUGGCUUAUGUUGGUGUCCUGUAUUUCUCUGUUCUGUGUGUGUAUGUGUGUGUUUGUGUGUAGGCGUGCGUGCGCCUGUGUACGUGCGUGCGCGUAUGCGUGUGGUGAACGUUGUGCGUCACACGUCUGUGUCAAUACAUUAUUUAAUGUACAGCAUAGCAACGCGGUUCUUUUAAAAAACUUUGUACAAACACGUUUUUGUACGUACACACCAUGACAUUUUGAAAUAGGUACUGCUCUCCCUAUGAAAGAUGUAUAUAUUUCUAUUUUUUGCCUGUGUACAAAAUACUGUAUAAAGACUGUAAAUGUGUGUUUUUUUAUGUUGAUGUCAGAAUUCAUAUUUUUGUAUUGCAUGUGACUUCCAUUCUGUACGCGCUCCGUUCCUCCCUGGGGGGAUCAAUAAAGUGAAGCUUGUCACGUCA